UGGGAACGCCCAUAGGGGUUGGAAUAGAGGGUGAGACAGAUUCCGCAGUCUAUAUCCCAAGGGAGAACCAAGCAACGUGACACUGUAAUCCUGUUCCCAAAUUCAGAUCAAGCAUCUCGCACGAAGGUGGAAGCAAACUGGAAUUCCUGGCAUGGAAACUGUAUCAGAACACAGCAUGACAAGCACGACAGAACCUGUCUAUGAUUACCCAAAUAAAGAAACCCCCUGUUCCCCAUCUCUAAGAGAAUCAUCAACCUCAGUCAGCAUUACCGAUAAGCUUCUUCUCACACAGAGUGUGUGGCUUCACCUCAGUGUCAACUCAGCUACUGCACUGCAUGUAUUGCAAAGAGAACCGCCAGGUACAUUCCUCGUGAGGAGAUCCAACAUUCGGCAGCAGUUGGUCCUAUGUGUGCGACUAUCAGAUGACUGUGGACCAAGUUUCAUUCAUCAGGCAUACAUACAUGAGGGAUCAUCAGGUCUCUUUCUAGAACAUUCAACACACACUUUUCCAGAUCUCAUACGACUUGUUUCCUACUACAGUUGUGAGAGGGAUGUUCUACCUUAUACACUAAGACUUCCUGCAGCUAUAGAAAAAGUGACUUCAAAAAAAGAGCUGGAGGCUAUUUCCAAUCUAGGACAUGAGUUCUGGAAUUCCUCACUUAAUGCUCGCGAUAAUUCUUCAACUCCAAACUCCAGUGCUACCUCUCUUACACUCUCCUUGACACCUCUGCCACACCUACCAGAUACUAUCAGCCCAACUCUUGUUCCUGCACUCAAAACUCGUAGUCCCAAAGAGGUUUCCUUAACAGGGAAAGAAGGAGCACUAUUUUUUCUAAAUCCUCUGUUCAAAUCUAAAGACUCUGGAGCAUUGAAGCGCUCCCACUUCCAAAAGAGCAUCAAAGUUAGGGUGUCUACUGAAAAUUCAGGUUCCCUUUCUCCUCCUCUAAACCCACCUCCUCCAGUACCCUGUGAGGAAGCUGUAAAAGAGGAAGAAGAGGUGGUUUCGGUGGAGGCUCCAGAUGAACCUAAGGCCAGACAAACCGAGGAAUUAUCAGAAGACCAAGCAUAUAGAAAGCCUCGGUCAUCUCUUAGACAACGUUUGAGAAAGAGCUUGAGUAAAGGUAGCCGUGACUUUGGGAUAAAGCUGUCACCAAUGCGGUCUAAAGAUGUGGGUGACUACAAUGUCCCUUCCACAGUGACAAGAACACAAGAUGUAAAGGAUGCAAAAGAGAACAAUGUCAAUGGAGUGUCUGCUUUGGAAGAGCAUGAUAGUGGAUCCAUCAGCAGUGCAGAAGAUAUAACAUCGGAGGAUGGUGUAAUGUCUCCCCAGCUUACACGUAGAAAGAAAAAGAAAAGUGGUCGUUCCUCAUUUCGAGCGGUUAGCGGAGCUUUCCUGUCCCUUUUGUCACCGGAACGAAAAAUUAUGAUAUUAAUAGAGGAAAUGGGGAAAGACGUGUCAACAGAGUUUGGGAAGGAACUGCAAGCAUUUCUUCAAAAUAUGGAACUGAGUAAAAAUAAAGAUGUAAAGCAUAAGACACAGGAUGGACAACCAACUUAUAAGACUUUGCUAAAGAAUGUCAGGGAUUUUAUGGAUCGCAUGAAGCAUAUGUUGAGGGAAAGUACAGAGAUGCAUCUUGAAACACUUAUACCCGAUGAACAAGAACGUGUCUUGGAAAAGUCACUUCACCGACUUACACUGAAGCCUCUGAAAACAUAUCUAAUGUCUGAAAUCCAAAGAGAAAUGGAGGAAAAAGGAGAGCUGGAGAGACUUGAAAAGAAUAUGCAGAGUGUAAAGAAUGGUGGAUCAUCCCUUCUUGGUGUAAAGUUAAAAGCUCCUGUGAGUCAAGAUCUAGAGAAGAUUCGACAGAAAUUGCUGAGAAUGCAAUUAAAAUGUUCUCCUUGUGAUAAGGUCCGCCUAUUGCUACAGGCCUGCAGAGGAGUUUACAAAAGCAUGGACACACAACAAGAUGAUGCGUGUGGUGCAGAUGAAUUUCUACCUGCGCUGUGCUAUGUUCUGGCGCUAUGUGAGCUGCCACAAAUUCUAACAGAUACUCAAUACACCAUAGAACUGCUGCCACAAGAAUCCCUUAUGGGGGAAGGAGGUUAUUAUCUGACCAGUGUAUCUGCCUCCCUGUCAGUCCUAUGCUCACUACAUACUCACCCCCAGGAUGCUGCACUGUCACUCAGUGAGUGGCAUCGGAGGAGGCAAGGCUUGGCAUCACUCAAUGACCUACAGAACUUUUUACGGGUUGCCCAUCAAGAUCCAGUUAAUGGCUGCACUACAAAGACCAUCCUUCUGAAGCCAUCACAGACAGUAGCUGACCUAAUCCGUCUCUGUGCUCUGAAAUUCAAGCCUUCUAAACCAGAAGACUUUUCUAUUUUUCUACACUGUGGUGGGGACCAGCAACUAUUACCUAUGGACGCACAUCCCCAAGAGAUAAAAUCCAAGCUCAAGGAAACUGGAUCCAGCUUUUUCUUCUGUUACCAAAGAACCGAGGAAGAUGCUACAGAAAAGGUUCUUGUGCAAAGAACUUCUGAUCUCUUACAUGUAUAAAAAAAAAUUGGCUCAAAAAUGUUCACUGUGAGUUUUAGGACAUAAGGACAGAAUCUGGUUGUUUUUCCAGGCAUCCUAAUACAUUUUGGGUAUAAAAUCUCAAACCUAACCAAGAAUGAUUUCCACAGCCUGAGAUGUAGCUUCUCUAUAGUGUUUAUUUUUAUAGGAAUGU